AUGGGCAAAGAACUCUGCAACACGAGGCUUUGCGCGUACGCGUACGUUGGCUACAAGCGGCCCGGUUUCGUCUGCGGAACACCGCUGCAUGGCCCGCGCGACGGCAGCACGAAGGAAAAUUUACAGAUCGCAAGCUACGGAUUGAUGCGCAACGAAUCGCGGCCACACAGGCAUCUCCCAGGCCCGUCGUAUCGUACCGCGAACAGGCUGUAG